UGUUAGCGGUCACGUGACAGACGGCGCUCUCUCAGUGGUUCCCUGGUACGCCUGAAUUACCCUGUUACUGGCGGGCUUGCGGAACUCUCGCGAGACUGGAAUCUUUCCCAGCUUCCUUCUUGGGAAAACAUGUCUGCCGGCGGAGAGCUGGUUGAGCGGAUGGUGGUUUCAGCGGGGACAAGCGGCAGUGCCGCCCCUACUCCCUCCUCACCCACCACCUCCACAGUCGCAACCGCUGUCAGCGUCUCGACGGCGACAGCGGACGGAGCAGGGGGAGGAGGAGGCGGUGAUGAGGAAGAGGAAUGGCUGUACGGGGAAGAAAAUGAAGCCACGGCAGCAGAUGAUGAUGAAGAAGAAGACAUAACAAGCUCUCAUCCUGUAGCUGGAAUCGAAGCAGAGACUUCUGAGAAUGGUGUUGUGAAAACGGUGACUGAGACAGAAGAUGACAGUGAAAGUGACAGUGAUGAUGAUGACGAUGAUGUCCAUGUUACCAUAGGAGAUAUUAAAACUGGAGCUCCUCAGUAUGUGCCAUAUGGAACAACCCCUGUUAAUCUAAAUAUUAAAACUGGGGGGAGAAUAUAUGGACCAACAGGAGGAAAAGGUAAAGGGGUAGAUUUGGAUGCCCCAGGAAAUAUUAAUGGCGUACCUCUGUUGGAAGUAGACUUGGACUCUUUUGAGGACAAACCUUGGCGAAAACCAGGUGCUGAUCUGUCAGACUAUUUUAAUUAUGGUUUUAAUGAAGACACAUGGAAAGCUUACUGUGAAAAACAGAAGAGGCUAAGGAUGGGCUUGGAUGCUCUUCCAAUCUCUUCUACAACAAAUAAAAUUAUGGUACAGCAGGGCAGAACUGGCAAUGCAGAAAAGGAUACCAUUUUGCAGAGUAUCAAACCAGAGUUUACUUCUCCCACUUCAUUAUUCAAACCUGGUGUUCCUCCUCCAAGUCGAAAAAUCUCAAGCACAAUUGAUGUGAUCGGUCAGACAACCACUAUCACUCGUGUUGAAGGACGCCGGCGAGGUGCGAAUGAAAGCAAUAUCCAGGUAGUUUCAGAACAGUCUCCUUCUGAAGUGGAUAAUAAUUUUAUCAAGCCACCCCCACCAUUUUUCCCUCCUGGCGCACCCCCCACACACCUACCACCACCUCCCCUUUUUCCUCCACUGCCAAAUGUCAGUACUGCCCCACCUCUAAUCCCACCACCUGGAUCAAUAUCGUUCUCGAUGCAAAAACCAUCUCGAUACGGAAUUCCCAUCACUGUGCCACCUCCAGAGAAGACAGGAAAGAAAGGGAGUGUGAGGAAAAUGAGCCCCGAACGCAGUUUUCCUCCUCCUCCUGGAGGUCCACCACCAUCUCUUAUCCCGACAAUAGAAAGUGGUCACUCUUCUGGCUAUGAUGGGCAAUCAGCUCCUGCAUUUCCGUAUGGCAGCGUGUCUUUUCCUCACAUGCCUGGUUCUGCUGGUCCGUGGUCCAGCCUGGUAGAUGCCUCCAAACCGUGGGACUACUAUCCCAGAAGAGAGAAGGACAGGGAACGUGACAGGGAGCGAGAGCGUGAUAGGGAUCGGGACAGAGAGCGAGAUCGUGAGCGAGUCCGUGAGAGGGAACGGGACAGAGAACGUGAACGUGAUCACAGCCCAAGCACAGGCGCAUAUAAUAGCGAGGAAGAGCGAUACAGGUACAAGGAAUAUAGCGAGCGGACAGAAAGAACAGAAAGGAGCUACGAGCGUCACCGAGAGAGAAUCAGCAGAGAAAAAGAGGAAAGGCACCGGGAGAGGCGGCAUCGAGAGAAAGAGGAGGCGCCACGUCACAAAUCAUCCCGGAGUGCAGAUUCUGAUGUCUCUUCCCGUGUCCUUAGCAGCAGCAGGCGCCGCCACGACAGCGAAGAGGGCGACAGUCACAGAAGACACAAACACAAAAAGUCCAAAAGAAGCAAAGAAGGGAAAGAUGCUGGCGCUGAACCUGCCCAGGAAUCCGAAAGUGUUGAAUCCACCAAUGCCGAUUAGGCACGCAUGACCCAACCACUCAGGUCCUUAAGCCAUUACAUGAGUGUUGAAAGUAAAUAUUUUUCCCCAGUUUAGAGAAAAAGAUAAUUAUAGUGGUUCAAUCGUUUGACUUUUUUUUUCCCACUUGUUUUCGAAAUUGCUCUUUUUUUUUCUGAAAAAUACACUUUGUUUUCUCUGUUUAGAUCCCAGUCUUUUUCUGUCUUGCAGUCUUUUGUUUUGAUGUGCAUUUGUUUAGUAAAAAAAUUUGAUUCUGAA